AAUAGACUUUUUUAGUCCUCAUAUGCCCCCAUCAAUCUUCUUACCUAACAAACACACAUAUAUCUUCCAUCAUUUCUAGCCAAUCAUUUUACUACUUUGCAAAAAAUUUUUAAAAUAAAAAAUAAAAAAAAUUCUUUCCUAUUGUGAAUUUCAUAUGACAUAGUUCACUCGCGUUGAUGUGUUAUCUGUUGUAUCAUACACUUCUUAGAUAGAAGGUUAGCGCUGUCUGUUGUAUCAUUAUGUUGUAUCAUACACUUCUUUAGAAGGUUAGCGCUAUUUGUUGUAUCGUACACUUCUUUAGAAGGUUAGCGCUAUUUGUUGUAUCGUACACUUCUUUAGAAGGUUAGCAUUAUCUGUUGUAUCAUUAGCGCUAUCUGUUGUAUCGUACGCUUCUUAGAAGGUGAGCGCUAUCUGUUGUAUCGUACACUUCUGGCAUUGUGUUCCAUUGUUCAAAUGGCGGAUUACUCGACGAGUAGAAGGAAAUCGAAUACACAGUUAUUGCAAGAACUCGAAGCGCUUAGUGAGACGCUCUAUCAACCACCUACAACAACAACAACUCGAAGAACCGCUUCCUUAGUCCUACCUCGCGAUUCCAUCCCUCCCGUUGAGUCCUUAACCGGUGGUCCUAAAAAUGACGAUGAUAUCAUCGUCAAUCCUAAGCCGAGGUCAAGGCGAAUGUCAUUAUCGCCUUGGCGUUCUCGGCCUAGUGAAGACAACAGUAUACAACAGCAGAGUAGCAGGAGCUCCAGCAUCAGCAGCAGCAGCAAGUUAACUAAGAAAUCAGACAGCAGCAAGGGUACUGGUGAGUCAACCGCCGAGAAGAAAGGGUUGUGGAACUGGAAACCUAUACGAGCGUUGGCUCAUAUCGGUAUGCAAAAACUGAGCUGUUUAUUCUCAGUUGAAGUCGUGACCGUUCAGGGUCUACCCACAUCCAUGAACGGUCUACGACUAUCAGUAUGUGUGAGAAAGAAAGAGACUAAAGACGGCGCAGUGCAAACUAUGCCAUCUCGAGUUUCACAAGGAGCUGCAGAUUUCGAAGAGACACUUUUUAUAAGGUGUCAUGUUUACUAUACGCCGGCUAGUGGUGGUGGUGGUACUCGAUUCAAAUUUGAGCCACGUCCAUUUUCGAUAUAUGUCUUUGCAGUGGACGCGGAGGAACUGGAUUUCGGGAAGAACAUAGUCGAUCUGAGUGAAAUGAUUGAGGAGUCGAUUCAGAAGAGCUUUGAAGGAAGUCGCAUUCGCCAAUGGGAUACGAGUUAUACUCUCUCCGGGAAGGCGAAAGGAGGAGAGUUAGUACUCAAACUGGGAUUUCAGAUCAUGGAGAAAGAUGGUGGAGUUGGGAUUUAUACUCAGGCUGAAGGUGGGACGAAGAGCGCGAAGAGUUACUCGUCUUCAUCUUCAUCUUCGUUUGCUAGAAAGCAAUCGAAGACAUCUUUUAGCGUGCCGAGUCCACGAAUGUCCAGUUUAAGUUCAGCUAAUUGGACUCCUUCACAGUCAGGAACGACAGCGAAUCUUCAAGGGAUCGAUGAGUUGAAUCUAGAUGACGAGUCAGUAAAGGAGGAGCCGGGGUCGAAGGCUGAGGAUCUUGAUCUCCCCGAGUUCGAUAUUGUGGAUAAAGGAAUUGAAAUUCAAGACAAAGGAGUUGAAACUGAAGCAACAAAAGAAGUAGAGGGAGAGGCGGAGGAGGAAGAAGAAGCGCGAUCGGAAGGUAAUUCUGAUAAAAGAUCGGUAUCAUCAAGUAAUGAGGUUGUCAAGGAAGUCGUGGUGCACGAUCAGAUGCAUUUGACAAGAUUAUCAGCGCUUGAUUCGAUAGCUCAGCAAAUCAAAGCGCUUGAAUCCAUGUUUAAAGACGAAAACACUGUCAAGACGGAGGAGGAUGACUCUGAAUCGCAAAGGUUGGACGCGGAUGAGGAAACCGUGACAAGGGAAUUCCUCCAAAUGCUCGAAGAUCCAGGCGUUAACCAGUACAAGAUGGAUACUCAAGAAUCCCCCGCGUUAAAGCUUCAAGGCGGAGGAGGAAAUGAAGACAGCGGAAAGGGAAAAUCGGGUGUAUUUAUACCGGAUCUUGCGAAGGGGUUAGGUUGUGUUGUUCAAACAAGAAAUGGAGGUUUCUUGGCAGCUAUGAAUCCUCUUAAUACUACUGUUUUGAGAAAAGAUACAGCAAAACUCGCGAUGCAGAUAUCGAAACCACUUGUGCUUCCAUCGAUUCCAUCGUCUGUGAGUGGAUUCGAGUUGUUCCAGAAGAUGGCAGCUAUUGGGAUAGAGGAAUUUACGUCCAAGAUCUUAUCGAUGAUGCCAAUGGAAGAACUCGUUGGCAAAACAGCAGAGCAGAUAGCGUUUGAAGGCAUUGCUUCAGCAAUUAUUCAAGGGAGGAACAAAGAAGGUGGCGCUAGCUCAACCGCUGCUCAGACAGUUGCAGUAGUGAAAUCGAUGGCAGCAGCGAUGAACACAAGUCGGAACGAGAGGAUCUCUACGGGGAUAUGGAACAUCAGCGACAAACCGCUGACAGUGGACGAGAUUCUAGCAUUCGCACUGCAGAAAAUGGAGGCAAUGACAGUCGAAGCAUUGAAAAUUCAAGCAGAUAUCGCGGAAGAAGAGGCACCUUUCGAUGUUUCCCCUCAUUCUGCUAACAAGAAAGAUGAUCAGGAUCACACGUUAGACUCUGCAGUUCCACUCGAAGAUUGGACAAAAGAUGACAAAAGCGAGAGUAUAAUGAUCUUGGUUGUGGUUCAACUGAGGGAUCCGUUGAGGCAGUUCGAGGCAGUUGGAGGACCUAUGAUUGUACUAGUUCAAGCCAUUCGUAUCGAUGAUGAAACUAACAACAUCGAUGAUGAUGAAAGGAAGUUCAAAAUCGCAUCGCUUGGUAUUGGCGGGCUAAAAGUCAGGAGCAGAGGAAGGAAGAACGCAUGGGACACAGAAAAGCAGAAACUGACAGCAAUGCAAUGGCUAGUAGCUUAUGGACUAGGUAAAAUGGCCAAGAAAGCAAAGAAAGCUUCACCACUAAAAGGCCAAGACUUGCUAUGGAGCAUAUCGUCGCGUGUAAUGGCAGAUAUGUGGCUGAAAUCUAUAAGAAAUCCGAAUAUCAAGUUCAUCAUGUAGACAGCAGCAAGACUGGUGUACAUCGUUUUUUCGUCAUUGUAUAAUGUUUGCAUCUGUUCAUGGUUGUGUAUAGUCUGUUCCAUAUUGAAAUGCUGCAGAAGGUUUCUUUAGUCUAAGUUGCUUGGACUGUCCAAAAAUGUUGCCGCACCCGUGUCGGAUCCUCCAAAAAAGCGCUACUUUUGAAGGAUCGGACACGCACCCGAUGACAUUUUUGAAGAGUCCGAGCAACGGUCUUUAGUAACUAGAUAGGAGAGUGCUAUGCACAUUGUUUUAUGUGUUUUCUCAUAGAAUUUUGAAAGGUUGUUGAAGAUUGUAAAUGAGACAAAUUGUAUCAUUCUACAAGUAAUAGCAUUGCUGUCAGUUUAUAA